AUGGCCGAAUUCUCGAGGCUUCACACACCUAGCCGUUCAAACCGCACCGGCGAAGCGUCACCAUCCUUUGCGCAGACUACGGCCGAGUUCAAUCUCGACAGCGAUCUUGACCUCGAACCAGAUGCCGACGAUGACGCCGAGGACCUGCAUUUGCACGAGGCGGAACUUGGCGGCGGCCAGGCCUAUGAGCUCAAGACCUUAAGGGCAUCGCCUGCACAGGAUACUGAUGACGGAUGGGGCGAUGACGAGCCGUCGCUACGGAGAAGAGCGAGCAACAGCACCGUCGCGAGCUUUCAGCUCUACACCCCUGACGAGGAGAGGGCUGUCGUUCGCAAGCACGACCGCAAGCUGGUAGUCUUUGUAGCGCUGCUAUUCAUGCUCAGCUUUUUGGAUCGAUCCAAUAUUGGCAAUGCGCGCAUAGCUGGCAUGGAUGAGGAUCUGCAGACGAAUCCUCCGUGGGAUGGCUGGUAUGAGUGGACAUUGACGGCCUUUUACAUCUCAUACAUCUUCUUUGAGUGGAUGUCGCUACUAUGGAAGCUCAUUCCUGCCCACAUCUACGUUUCCAUGAUUGUCCUCUCGUGGGGACUGACCGCCUCGCUACAGUCUGUCUCCGUCUCUUACCCUACGCUCAUCUUCCUUCGGGUGUUGCUGGGCAUUGGGGAGGCUGGCUUCACAGGUAUACCGUUCUACCUAUCCUUCUUCUUCAAACGAGAGGAACUGGCAUUUCGUACGGCUGUUUUCAUAUCUGCAACUACAUUCGCAUCGUCCUUGGCUUGGCUCAUCACCAACUAUGCAGAGGCUGGUCCCAUAGCCCCCUGGCGUCUAUUGUUUCUCGUCGAGGGCUUUCCAUCAGUUCUCGCCGCCGUGGCAGCAUGGCAUAUCAUUCCCGACAGCCCAGAUACGGCGCGCUAUCUCACUGUCCGGGAGCAAAAGGUGGCCCGCAUUCGUCUUCGGCGCGAGAAGCCGUAUCAGAAGGAGCGUGGAUGCAAGAAUUCUAGCCAUCUCAACAGUCGUGAAGUGUUUGCUGUCUUGGGCGAUCCCAUGGCGUUGCUAACCGCAGCCAUGUUCUUCCUCACCAACAUGGCAUACUCCUCUUUGCCCGUAUUUCUCCCCAAGAUUCUCACCGAGAUGGGCCACUCUCGUCUCGCAUCGCAAGGGCUCAGUGCACCGCCUUAUUUUCUGGCUUUUCUUGCCGUACUCUUCACAUCACACUUGUCUGAUCGUGCGCAGAACCGAUCCAUUCCCAUCGUACUACACGCCCUCGCAUCGGCUGGCGGAUAUGCCGCGCUUGCACUGGCAAAGCCCUUUGGUCUCUCGCCGCUGGUGCGGUAUCUCGCAGUAUAUCCGGCGGCCGUAGGCUUCUUUAAUGUCGUAACGCUCACCGUAGCAUGGAAUAUCAAUAACCAAGCGUCUGAGAGCAGGCAGGGUGGGGGGUUUGCCUUGAUGCAGAUCAUUGGGCAAUGCGGACCGCUUGUGGGAACGAGAUUAUACCCAGAUAGAGAUGCGCCGUUCUAUGCGCCUGGGAUGCAGGCCUGCGCUGGUGCGAUGCUCGCCGUGGCCAUCUUGGCGCUGUUCCUAAGGAUUUAUAUUUCCUAUUUAAAUCGCAAGACUGACGCUGCUUGCGCCGUCAGUAGCGAGGCCGAAGAAGAGGAGGGCUUGGUAGGAUCAGGCGGCCGCGGAAAACCGGCCAGCGAAGGGUUUAGAUACAUGCUCUAG